AAAAAUAUUGAUUAUUGAUUGAAGCAGCGGUGAGAUGUGACCCCACCGCAUUCUGAAGCUUUUCCUCUUCUGUCUUUCUUUGUGUGACUGAGAUUGCUUUGCAUUGCAUGGUGAUGGAGCUUUCUUCAUCUCCAACUCCACUUCGUCUUCACCCCAUUAUCCCCACAUGGAACUCCUUGCAUUCUGUCAAACUACCCACCAACCCAAACUCUUCUCGUUUCAUCUUAGCAGGAUUCUCCAAUCACCUUACUUCAACUCGUAGAAGCUGCUGCAAUCCUGUUCCAAAGAGACACAAGAUACCCAUUUCCAUCAGGGCCAGCACUGAAGUUGGAGCUGCUGGAUCGGAUCGUCCCUUUGGUAAUAAAGUCUUAGAUUUGAAGGAUGCAUGCUGGAGAUUCUUAAGACCACAUACUAUACGUGGUACUGCCCUUGGUUCUUUUGCUUUGGUGGCAAGAGCAUUGGUUGAGAACUCAAAUUUGAUAAAGUGGUCUCUUGUGUUCAAAGCACUCUCUGGUCUUUUUGCCCUGAUUUGUGGGAAUGGUUAUAUAGUUGGCAUCAAUCAAAUCUAUGACAUUAGUAUUGACAAGGUAAACAAGCCUUAUUUACCUAUAGCUGCAGGAGAUCUUUCUGUCAGUUCUGCAUGGCUCUUGGUUAUAUUUUUCGCAGCAGCUGGCUUGUUGAUUGUAGGAUUGAACUUUGGGCCCUUUAUUUUUUCUCUUUACACGCUUGGCCUUUUACUCGGUACUAUCUAUUCUGUUCCUCCGUUUAGGAUGAAACGCUUUCCAGUUGCAGCAUUUCUUAUUAUUGCCACGGUUCGGGGUUUUCUACUUAACUUUGGUGUAUACUAUGCCACAAGAGCUGCCCUUGGACUUGCGUUUGAGUGGAGCUCUCCUGUGGUUUUCAUCACAACCUUUGUGACAUUAUUUGCAUUGGUAAUUGCUAUAACAAAAGAUCUUCCAGAUGUUGAAGGAGAUCGCAAGUAUCAGAUAUCUACCUUUGCAACAAAAUUAGGAGUUCGGAACAUUGCUUUCCUUGGUUCUGGAAUUUUGCUGAUGAACUAUAUUGUUUCCAUAUUGGCAGCAAUUUACAUGCCACAGGCUUUCAGGCGUUGGUUAAUGAUACCAGCUCAUAUGAUUCUUGCAUCAAGUUUGAUUUACCAGGUUAAGAUAUUAGAACAAGCAAAUCAUACAAAGGAAGCAAUAUCAGGAUUCUAUCAAUUCAUAUGGAAUCUAUUCUAUGCUGAGUAUGCAUUAUUUCCUUUCAUCUAGUGAACUGCGGCACAAUGUUUUCUGGGAAAAGGUGAAUACAUGCGAAUGUAGAGAGAUCUUAGUUGUAUCAAGUAUCAAUUAAUAAGUUAUUUUUUAUCUCUUAAAAAAUGAGUAUUAAUGUAUAUAAUGUUUGAUAGCAUUUCUUUUUAAUUAGAUGUAAUGCCAUGAGAACUGUAUACUAAGGGCAGAUUUCAUAAUGUAAUAGGGUCAAUAUUUUGUAUUGGUUUUACAUCUCUAUGGAUGUUAUUAAUGUGCUAUUUUAUGAACCAUUCUUUCAUUAUAGUACACAGAGCAAAGUCUUGGACA